AUGAACGCAUUUAAACGCGAUAAGAAGGAAGAAGAAGAUGGUAAUCAUAAAUAAACAUCGUUCUUUUCAUAUUAUUAUAAAUUUAAGCUCUCAAGCGAGAUUAAACAGAUCGGUAUUAUUCUUGUGACAGUUCCUUGUAAACAGGUUUAGGCGACUGUUCGUCGUGGAGGAUAAUUGUCCCUCGAUACAUCCCUUUAUUUCACGUAACUUGAUUUUCAAUUGCAAACCUACACGUACUUUCCCAGCAACUGAUAUAUAUGUGUAUAUAUAUAUAUAUAUAUAUAUAUAUCUGGACAGUGAGUUUUAUUAUGCGUUUGCUCACAUGAUUCUUGUGUUGAUAGGUGGGGGAAACCCUUUCCAAAAUCUGGAGAAGACGACCGUCCUACAAGAAGCCCGCACCUUCAACGACACCCCUGUUAAUCCAAGAAAAUGCGCGCACAUUCUCACGAAGAUUUUGUACCUACUGAAUCAAGGAGAACAGUUAGGUACAAUGGAGGCGACCGAAGCAUUCUUCGCCAUGACCAAGCUAUUUCAGUCCAGAGACGUUGUCCUGAGAAGGUUGGUCUAUCUAGGUAUCAAGGAACUGAGUUCUCUGGCAGAAGAUGUAAUCAUAGUUACCUCGAGUUUGACAAAGGACAUGACAGGGAAGGAAGAUUUGUACAGAGCUGCUGCCAUAAGAGCCUUAUGCACCAUCACUGACGGUGGAAUGCUGGCAGCUAUCGAACGUUACAUGAAACAAGCCAUCGUCGAUCGUUCCCCAGCUGUUUCCAGUGCUGCUCUAGUCUCUUCUUUACAUUUGACCAACGUCUCUGGCGAUGUUGCACGCAGAUGGGCAAACGAGGCUCAAGAGGCAUUGAAUUCUAAUAACGUGAUGGUUCAGUAUCACGCACUUGGUGUCUUGUACCAAGCACGCAAAGCAGACAAACAUGCUGUAAUUAAGUUAGUUGCUAAGCUUAUGAGAACAAGCCCGAAAAGUCCCUACGCAGCGUGUAUGUUAAUCCGAAUGGCGUGUAAAUUGUUAGAUGAAGUUGACAAAGGUGAAGAACUGUUGGGAUUUAUCGAAUCUUGUUUACGCCAUAAGUCAGAGAUGGUGGUGUACGAAGCGGCACACGCGUUGAUCAAUCUUGGAAGAAGCUGCACCAAAGAAAUAACACCUGCUAUCAGCGUUCUUCAGUUAUUCUGCGGAUCUCAGAAACCAGCCUUAAGAUUCGCCGCUGUCAGAACUUUGAAUAAAGUUGCCAUGUCACAUCCGACAGCGGUCACCGCGUGCAAUUUAGAUUUAGAGAAUUUAAUCACCGAUUCGAACAGAUCCAUCGCCACACUGGCAAUUACCACCCUAUUGAAAACUGGGGCGGAAAGCUCGGUAGAUCGCCUGAUGAAACAGAUUGCCACCUUUGUAUCAGAAAUUUCAGAUGAAUUUAAAGUCGUCGUUGUACAAGCCAUAAGAGCUCUGUGUCAGAAGUACCCGCGGAAACAUGCAGUUUUAAUGAAUUUCCUCUCCGCUAUGCUCAGAGACGAGGGAGGACUCGAGUACAAAGCAGCAAUUGCAGACACGAUAAUUGCCGUUAUGGAAGUGAACGCCGAAGCGAAAGAGGCCGGUUUGGCUCAUCUCUGCGAAUUUAUCGAAGACUGCGAGCAUAAUUCGCUCGCCGUUCGUAUCCUUCACUUGCUCGGCCAGGAAGGGCCAACCUCGAAACAACCGUCGCGAUACAUUCGUUUCAUUUACAACCGUGUGAUUCUGGAAAGCGCCAGCGUUCGCGCAGCCGCGGUCACCGCGUUGGCACGUUUUGCAGCAGCGUGUCCUCCGUUACUACCAAACGUCCUGGUUCUUCUGUCCCGUUGCCAGUUGGAUUCGGACGACGAAGUCCGCGACCGUGCAGCGUAUUACUGUGCCAUUUUACAACAGCAAAAUGAACCGACUAUUUUGCCUCUGGUGCAGCCUCCUCUCCUGUCUGUACCUAGCUUGGAAAGAGCUUUGCGAAAUUACAUGCAAACACCGAUGGACGAACCGUUCGAUAUCUCACAGAUUCCACCGGCGCAAACGGUCGAGGAACCGACACAAAUAGAAGUGCACACCACCGUGAAGCAACAGCCCCGAUUAACGCGAGAGGAGAGCUUCAUGGAGAAAUUGUCACAAAUACCACACUUGACAAUGAUCAUUCGUGAUUCUUCGUUGCUCAAGUCCUCGCCAAUCUUUGAAUUAACGGAAUCGGAAACGGAGUACAACGUCAAAUGCAUCAAACAUACGUUCACAGAAUUUCUCGUUUUGCAGUUCGACUGUGUAAAUACUCUUUCCGAUCAAUUACUCGAGGAUGUGAGAGUAGCUGUCGAGCCACCCGAAGGAUAUCCGGAAGACGUUCAUGCUAGUGUUGCCACUAUUCCUACAACCCUGCGUUUUAUGGCUCGCGAUUGUGAUCCCGCGACGGGUGUGCCAGAUGCUGAUCAAGGAUACAACGAUGAAUACAUGCUGGAAGAUUUGGAGAUAACUUUGGCCGAUCAAGUCCGAGGUAUCGGAAACAGGGGAGUAGAUUUCAAUGCUGCGUGGGAAGCAGCUGGCGCUAAAGGAUUCACCAAGCUGGAGGAAACGUUUGCUCUAGGCUCGUCGGUGACCAGUUUGGAAGGGGCGAUCCAGAGUCUCACAGGAUUUUUAGGCUUGGAUGCCGUAGAGCGAACCAAUCGAGUACAAUCCGGCGCUGCCGCGCAUAAUUUAUUAUUGAGUGGCAUUUUCAGAGGCGGAAAAGAGAUUCUUGCCAGGGCGAGGCUAGCGUUGUCGGACAAUCAAGUAACAAUGCAACUCACUGUCUUAUGUCAAGAUCCAGACGUUGCCGAAUUGAUUAUUUCUUCCGUA